UAAUUAUAAUCUAGAUAUAAUUCUAGAUUUAAAUCAUAGUAAAUCUAGCCUCUAGCUAGAUCUAGUCAAUCUAGACCUAGAAUUCUAGAUCAGAAAUCUAGAUAGUAGACCUAGAUCUAGAUAGAUAUAGUUAUAGAUCUAGUAUACUUAUACUCAUUUAACUUAUAUUUAUACUAUUCUAGACCUAGAGUCUAGAGGCACUAGUGACUAGGAGGCAUUAAAUAUAUUAAGUAUCAUUAAGUAUUAAGCCUUAAUCUUAUCUAAGACUAAGACAAGAAUCAAUAUCAAGUAUCAAAGUAUGAAUUCCACCUACUGUUCUGCAGCUUUCUCAUGGAAGCAAGACAAAUCACUUUCUAAAAUUAUUAGUUGCAGUUUUGAUCCACCUAAUCAUGAAUUUCAUGAGUAUUCACGCUUGUUAAGUCUUGAAGCAGUACUUGAUGACCAAAUCACACUAAGUCAAAGUGAUGAAGUAAAUUCAGAAAAUUGUGUUUUAAAUUUGGUUUGUUCAAAACAUUGUUUGUCAAAAAUUAAUGGAAUCUGCAUAGUUAGUGAAUCAAGAACUUUGGAGAUUAGUAACUAUACUGGAGGAUAUUUGUGUACCAUUAGAGGUUCUGAGUUAAGCAACAAUGCAGAUAGUUCAAGAUGUGAAAAUCAAAAGUUAUAUCUUUCCAGAUGCUCUUUUGAAGACAGUUACAAAGACCUAUCUAUUAAGUUUUUAUCCCUUGGUGGAAGGACAUCAUUUACCUUACAAUCCAUCAUAGUCUUUUUAACCGAAAGCAAUGAUGAUGCUAGCUUUAGCAAGGGAACAUUUGAUAUUCACAAACUACAAAAAGAAAUUGAACUUAUGGGUGACACUGUCUCACACAAAGCAAGAGACUUUCUUAAAACAAUGCAGCAGUUUGAACAAAAUAGAAUAAAAACACAAGGACAAAUAGAGAAAUUACAAUCUCAGCCUUUCAGCUUACUAAGUCAACAUUUAUCCAGUGAGAGUUUGUCUGGCAUGGCUAAUGGUAUACUAGGCUUUGAUGCAGCAUUGCAACAGGACAACUCAUUUUUCAAUGGUAGUCUGGGGCCUGACUUUUAUGCUCUUCUACAAGUUGCAUGUGGCAGUGUUUCAAAGAAAAGAGAGGAAGGUGUAGUAAAAAAAUUAUCAUGUCAAACACCAGAUUCUGGCACUGGUGGUAGUUUUUCACCAACAUGCAGUUCCAAAGAUGGUGAAGAUUAUUCUUUAUUCCUGUCCAAAGACCAUUUACAACUGCUUGGCAUAGUUGAUGAAAAAGUAAAUAAAGUCAAAAUGGAGUUUCAUGAUGCUCUGCUUAAAACCAAGGAAGAAUUCAAUCAGAAUUUAGAAACUACAAAAAAUGAACUAAAUCAGAAAUUGGAUUUAAUAUUGAAACUGCUCAAUAGUUCAAAUGAUUUGAAUGGUGAAAAGGGGUGAUAAAAUUAUGCCAAAUAAUAUUGUAUGUCUGUAGUGUAAAUGACAAAGUAUUAAUAGCUAACUAUGAUCAUACAAGUGUACAUUAUAAGUAAACAAAUGUAUAUCUGUGGCAUUUUACAUAUUUACUUAUGGAAUGCUAGAAUGAUAUUUGUUGGUUGUACUUUUAUUUGUAAAUAUAUUUAUUGUUUGAAUGAUGAAAGGGAUUAAACAAAUUCUAGAUCUAUGCAGUAGUUUUUAAAAAAUGCAAAAUAUUUUAUUCAAACUGGAAGAGGUUAAAAAAAAAAAGGAAAUAUCUUAAAAAAGAAAAAGGGGUAGGCUAAUUUGUACUUAACUAAAAGAUUGAAGGUAAAAAAAAAUAAACACACACACAGAC